CUCCCCCCCGUCUUUCCCGCCAAGCCCCGCCCCCUGGUGGGGGGAAAGGAGUCGAUAGGGAGACUGUUGGGGGAAGAAGGCGAAGUGGCGUUGAGGGGGCGCAAGCGGGGAAAGGUUUGGGGGGGGGGAAGGUGAGGGAAAGGCGGUUAAAAGGUAGGUGGUGGGAAGGAAACGUUGCUGGGGUCAAGGUGGUUCUUCCCUCUGUCCCGAGAUACAGGGGAAGUUCGGGAGGGGGGGGGGAAGAGAUCACAGUCGGGAUAGCGCUCUGCUAGUUCCUGCUCAGCCUGGUGCCCGGCAGUUGUGGUGACAGGAGAGAGAAAUACUCGUUGCCUUGAUUUGCCCCGAUGACGACCGGCAGCUUUUCUUAGAGACGUUCCAGGAAUCUUCCCUGCCUUCUCCUUAGUCCCGCUUCGCUAAGUGGAAUCAGUUCAUCCUCUUGAACCAUUGACAAGGUUAUCAUGUGAUGUCAGUGUGAGACAGAAACAAAGCUAGACAUGCAUUCCAACCACACAACUAGGAAUGGCUGCCGAGCACAGGAAGUUAUCCAGUUGAUCAAGAAGCAGCUGGUGAACUCCAUCAAGGCCCUGCAGAAGCAUUAUGUGACCUCUGAGGCUGUUGUAACAAGUGAUGAUCAAGAUGCUAAUACUCUUUGUUGUGUAUUGGAGGCUGUGUUUGUGCAUGGUUUGAACGCUAAGCACAUCAAAGCAGAGGUUGGAGCAAAAGGGAAAAAACAUGGAGAGGGACGACUUCCUCAGCCAGUGUUUUGGACUCUGCUAAAAUCUAUUAUUCACAGAGUGUUAGCAGAAUUUACCAGGACACAGAGAAAGUUGGAAUCUGUAGGAGUUCAUGAAGCACACCUUGUCUCUCAGUCUUCCCCACCAGAGUGCCCCUGCCCUGUCACCAGUUUCUGCACUGUGCACCUUCCUCAUACUGUAAUGGCAAAAGGUCCGGUUGACAUCACGGUACCUGCAAUAAUGACAAAUUCACAGCUUCCCAAUUUACCUAAGAGUGGAGAAUCUGUUCGUAGUACCAGUGUCCAACAGACCUCUACGCCAGCCACAAUAAUUGUGACCAAAGAACCUGCGGAUGUGACCCAAAUUCAUUGCAACAUCAAGAGAGGAGCUAAAACCUGGACCAGUGAAGUCAAUGGUUAUGAAGGAAGUUUUCCAGGAACAGACCAGCUUCUUUCACCAGUCUCACCAGUGAACUGCCCUAAAAGAAGCUGGAUCACUGAGGAUGAUUUUUACCGUCCUUCCCCUCCUGAGGAAAUAGUCCUACCUGGAAAUGGGUCAGGAGGCCCUCAUACUUGGGGGCAAUCUGGAUGGCAAUUCAUAGGCAAUCCUGAAGAAUACUAUUAAGGAAAAUAGAUACUUGCUACAGUAUCUGGUUGCCAUCCCUAUGGAGAAAGGCCUGGACUGCCAAAGUUUCAUAUGUGCAGGCUACUCCAGGCAGAUUGGUUUCUUCUUUAUGAAGCCUAAACUGUGUUCAUUCACUGGCCGCUAUUACUGUGACAAUUGCCACCAAGAUGAAGAGUCUGUGAUACCUUCAUGUCUUAUUCAUAACUGAGAUCUUUCCAGAUAUCUGAUUUGUUGCCAGGCUCUGAAAUUCCUAGCCAAAAUUCAAAAUCAACCCUUGAUUGACCUGAAGCUGGUAAAUGAAACCCUCUAUGACCAUGUAGAGCAAAUGAAACAAAUCUAUCAGAAUCGUGAGCAGCUGAAGCUACUGGGUGAUUACCUUGUCCUUUGUUGCAGUGGUGCCCUAAAGGAGAUCAGUAAGAGAAAGAUGGAUCUGCUUGCAACUUCCAGUUUUAAGUUGAAAUUGCAUCAAAAACUUCGAGCAUCUUGGCUAGAGAAUUUGAAGAGCUGAAGUCCACACAUCUUAAAUUUGCUGAGAUUGAGAAACAUUACAGCAAGGAAGGUGGUACAUGUGGAUAAGACUCAACAUUGCCUCAUUAGGAACAAGUCUCCAAAGUAGCCUGCAAAGUUAUGCAACACUUUAGCAUUAUCCAUUCAUUCGCAGAGGAGGAAAAUUGACUUGUGAUAAAAGCUAACAUCUGAGAAAUAUUGCCUGCUAGAUACUUGGGAAGAGGACUUUCAAAGUGACAGCAGAUUUCAAGGAUAUCAAAGAAUAAUGUGUCGAUUAAAGUGGCAAUAUCUAGCUGUCUGAGGGAUUGGAAAGGCUAAGCAGAGUUGGAUCUGGAUGGAGACUGCUAAAAUACCAGGGCUUUAGACUAGACAGGGAAGUUGUGGGGUGGGAGAAGGGGAAAGCUGAGAAAGCAGCAAUGAUAGCCACUUCCAUGGCACUGCUUGAAAACAAUGUGGUUGCAUUCAUGACAGCACCCGAAGUUGAGCUCAGUUUGAGGGCAACUUCAAUUUUAGCAGUUCCUUAUUACUGUUAUUAGAGCAAGUCUGAUUUUAACAGGGAGAAAACAAAAUAAGCAUUUGGAAAAUCCCAUAGUGUUGCCAAUAUGUCAGGAAAGCUAUUAAAUAAUGUUAAGGAUUUAGGAAAUACAAAGAAACAUUUAUUAAUAUUGGCUUCAUACAACAUUGAGUUAUAUAGGAAGAUGAUGUGGUUUUAAUGGCAACACCUACCAAACAUAGGCAGGAAGUGAAGUUUGUGUGCAGUCUGGAGGAAAUGCCUUUUAGAGCUGGGCUUAUUGCACUGAAAAUGGUAUGUGAGGGCUGAAACCGAAAACUGGAUGCAUCAGCAGUAGCUAAUGUCCUGGCUGGAAAUUAAUGAAUCUGCAAUAUCUGGAGGCUAUCAAGUUGAAGAAGGUUACCAAGUUCUAGCUGCAAGGUUACUACUAGCACAGGGGUCAGCAACGUGUGGCUCUGGAGCCACAUGUGGCUCUUUCAUCCCUCUGCUGUGGCUCCCUGUUGCUGGUCAACUCCACAAUUGAUAGGGCUUCGGCUAGGACAGGUAGAGGAAAAAGAAUGCUGUGCCAGGAGGAGACUCUAUAGUAGGGGAACUGACUUCCAGUCGGCAGAGGAAAAAGGACGCCGUGCUAGGAGGAGACUAUGGUGGGGGAAACCGGACUUCCGGUCGGCUCCAGAAUUGAAUGGGGACUUCCGGUUAGGACCUUUGUGGUUCUUUGAGUGCUUAAGGUUGCCGACCCCUGUACUAGCAGGUAACCAGCAGGUCUUUCAGAGAUGAGCCAGCCCUAUUCUCAAGGCACAAGCAAAACAUCAUAAACUGUCUAGAAGGGAGAUUUCCUCUGUGACUUCAGAUAUGAUUGCCAAUGAAAACCUGACUUUGAAAUUGUACCCUCCACCCAAUCAUUUCAAGUCAGUGUUCCUGGAGACAUUUUACAGCCAGCAUUACAGCUGAUGCUGUGAGAUAUGGCAGAGUUUACACAGUACCAAAUGGAGGCUGAAUGUACUAUAAAAUCCUUGUUGGGAAACAUUUUAUCAUCUGAAAGUAUUGUUUUCAGCCUUGUUUUCAUCCUAUUUAUAUAAAAUUGUUUGCUUUUCUUUUAACUAGAUUUUGUAGGUAACUCUGGAACUUACAUAUUCCUCACAUUUCACCUAAUCUGUCUCCAGUUUUACUUUUUUAUGUUAUUUAUUUAAUUUAUCUCCACUCCCUCUAGUGUUAUAUAUUUCCUUCACAGCAGGCUUUCAAGGAUUGUUACAGUAGAGCCAUGAUAUUGAAUUUGCAAAUAUCUAGAUAGCCAAUAGAUGGCAGCAAAGAGAUAUUGAGAACUUUUUGCUACUGAGGUAAGGUACCCAUUUUAGGCUAAUUAUCUAUGGAGAUUCUCAGUCAUCAAGGUCUGGUUGUCCCAAAGGUGCUUUUUUCCCCCCUCAAAAGGCAAUUGGACUUUGUUUUUCCUUGAAGACAUUUCGUUCUCAUCCAAAAAGCCUCUUCAGUUCUGACUGAAUGGUGGAGUGGGGAAGGAUUUUAUUUAUUUAUUUAUUGGUUCGAUUUAUAUGCCGCCCUUCUCUGGAGACUCAGGGCAGCUUACAAUGCGUUAAGCAAUAGCCUUCAUACUUUUGUAUAUACCUGCUUAGUAGGACUUUUGCCCCCCCCCAAGCGGUGUUCUUUUUUAUACAAAGUCAGCUUAUUGCCCACACAAACCAGGUCCUCAUUUUAUCUACCUCAAAAGGAUGGAAGACUGAGUCAAUCUUGAGCCUGGUGAGAUUUGAACUUGCAGUAAUUGCAGGCAGCUGGUGUUACUUAACAGUGCUUUAGUCUGCUGCGCUACCAAGACUCUUAUAUUCAUUGCAGUCAUCUGGUUGUUAGUACGCUUUCUGAGAGUUGUUGAGGCCACUUGAAGGUUUCUUUGUGCCCUCAGGGUCACCUGAAUAGUACAAAUAGAACCCAGGGGUGGUUUCUAUUUACCUUGACUACCGGUUUCCAGCAGGGCUUGCUUCGCUCGCUUGCGCACACACUCUUCUGCGCAAAUGCAGAAUGACAUUGGGGUCGGUGGGUGGGGCCUCCUGCCAGUUUUACUACCCGUUCUAUAGAACCGGUGCGAACUGGGGGCAACCAACCACUGGUAUGGAACCUUCUUGGAACUGCUGAAAGGACUGUGUUGUUACAAGCGCAUAGAAAUAUCCACAGUUGGUGCUCUAAAACUGCAGUUCAAAGAACAGUCUGCACCACAUUUCUGGGUUCAUCUACAAGCAGAUUUUCUGGAACUAUCCAAGAGGGCUAUAAAAGUAUUGAUGCCUUUCGUAAUGACAUACAUGUGCGAAAAAUCAUUCUCUGCUCUCAUUUAGCUUAAGAAAAAGCAUAGUAACGGCUUGAAAAUGUAGAGUCAGCACUCAAAACACAAGUUUCACUUAUUAAGCCAGAUAUAACAAGGUUUGUGAGUGAAAUGCAGCACCAGCAUUCUUAUUAGUUGUAAUUACAUGAACAUAAUAUGUUCCCCUUUUCCCAACAGCUUGCGUUAAGUGAAAUACAACCUGUAAAAUUAUAUUCAUACCAUUUUCUAGCUUUCAUUUUCACCUGACUUUUGUAUGCAUAUACUUUAUUAAUGGUUCCAUGUGCUCGUAGUUUCACUACUGUAUAGUUGGUGAGGCCUACUUUAAUUGGCCGUUUUUUGUCUUAAAGACAUUUUCUUAACCCAACAUCCCACUUUAGGGCCACCAUAGGGCUGAAGUUCCUCCAGAUGGUGGGCCUGGAUUUAUAAACAAAAAUAUAUGGUGUCUUAACACAGACAAACAAGGGGGGAGAUAAGCAGAAUUGUAAAGUCUUUUCAUCAAAUUCUAGUGUAAAUACUGACAUCAAGUUCAGAAUUAGCUCAUUAAAAUACACUAAAAUAGUCCAUUGGGGUGAAAAGAUACUUUAAAUUCAUCAUUGCAAUAAAGAUAUUAUAAUAGGAGUGUGUGCAUUAACAGAUUUUCCCUUGUCUCUAAAUUUGAAGGCUCUUCGUCAGAAAAUUGAAAUAAAUAUUUGAUGCAGUCUAGUGCUUUAAAUCUUGAAUUUAUUCAUGGUGGUCUAUGGUCAUGCUCUGUGACCACAAAAGGUAUUUAAAGGGAGUCCAUGGUGAAGAAAAGAUUGAGAACCAUUGUAAUACAGGAACACUCUUUUCAAUAGGCUUAGUAGAGAUAUUGCAUUUAGAGAGUUUAGAUCAGAACCUUUCAUGGUGUCUGUCAAAAUUUCCCUCCCAGCAUAGUCAUUACUGAGAAGACCUGGGCUAGAUACUUUAUAUAGUUUAUUCUUCUUCUUUGUAGAUUGACUUAUAUAUGGAGCAGAGAUGAGCAAUUAAAAGGGGAAAGACUAAAAAAUGAACAAGUACAACACUUUCCAAGAUACAAUCCCAGCUCAUUCCGCACAUCCACAAUCUUAGCCACUGCUGAAUAAGCAGAAGUGGAAAAAUAUCUAGCUUUUGCUAUCAGAAUGUGGCCAUUUAUUAUGUCACAUGUAAAAAUCCACCUUGCAUAUGGUUCUUAUUUUCCCCAAAAUACCGGGAUGGUCCUGGAAUAAUAACAACCAUGAGAAUCAGUUGCCUUCCUUUAAUUUCUUGCUAAAUGAAUACAAUCAUUUGGAUUUAGAAAAGCUGCAUAGACCCCAGUGUAGUUCAUUCCAUGCUGGGAUCCUGUGACUUGGUUAGAAAAGGUGAAAUAUCGAGGCGGGUGGAAAUCAUAUGCAUGCAGACAAUCUCCAUGUAUGAGUCAUUGUCCUCUAAACAGUGCCUCACCCCGCCUCACUACUGCCUAAAGGAGACUUCCUCUGAGUAGGAAAACUUCCUUCCUCCAUCCAGUGCAGUCUGGUGGGAACACCCAAGUCACACUGCAUGCUUUCUCAGGCAUUCAAUCUCUUUGUGACUGUGAGAGGCACAGGAGAGAAGGGAAACAAGCUGAGAUAUUUGUAGAAGAAACCAAUUGCUCACUUAGGGCUCGAAUGCAAGAGGUCUAAAUCCAUGAGGCUGAAAACACCUGUGUCCGCUGGAUGUGGCCUGAAUGAAACAGGCAGCCCAGAGUAGGGCGUGGUGAGCUCAUCGUUAAUGUUUCUUUUCUCUCUGCAGGGUUUUUUGACUUUAUCAUUCUGGACUAACAUCAAAGCUUCCCUUGGAGUCCAGAUUGAUACUCCGAACAGGAUGGAUUAUUUUUGAUCUUCCCGAGGGCCCUGCAUCUCAGGAUACUUGCAACAAUGAAGAACGGGGGGGCAGAGCGUCCUGCCUGAACAUUUUCCCACAAAGCUUUUUUGAUUUUCUUAAUUUGCCAAUCUCUUAUUGUAUAGAAGCCAAGAGAAACAUUCGCUUUGAGAUAUUCCUCCCCACUGAUCGUCACAGAGUUUAACUUGGAGGGGGUGGGGGGAGGACCAGAGGCAGGUUCAGACCAAACACACAAGUCCAGGCGGCUCCUGACACAAUCAACAAGGAAGAACCAGACCACACCUGAAGAGGCAGGACAGAUUGUGUGGACGGAGACCAGAGAAGAACCUGGUGAGAUGUGAACCAGCAGAGGGAUAUACAUAGCCCACUUUGGAACACUAAAGAUGGAGUCACCAGGCAGAGAGGAGGAAACAUAUGUGCUGGUGGAAUAUGCCUUUGAAUAUACCUCCAAGGAUGGUCAACUCAUCACAAUCAAACCCAAUGAGAGAUACAUGCUUUUAAGGCGAACCAACGACCACUGGUGGCAUAUUAGGAAGAGCAAAAACUCCAGGCCUUUUUACAUCCCAGCUAAGUAUGUUAGAGAGUUGAGCACUUUCAUGCCUUCUGAGAGGCCAUGUCACACAACACAGCUGGAGGCUAUCAAUUUAGGGACCUCUAUUAGAGUUAGCAGUGAUCAAUUGCCAGAGUAUGAAUAUCGAUUUGUGACAGCUGUUCAAGAAUCCAAAACAGAUACCUCACAGCAGGAUUCCCGCUCCCUAGGGAUGGGAACAGUGAUGUCUCGGGAAGAUAAUGGGAAGAAUCUAGCCACUUCUGGAGCAGCAAAAGGCACACAGCCCUCUCUCAGUGCCUCAUGCAGUUCUCUUAAGCCACUUUACCUGACAGACUCUAAUCAUCCUCUGGCCUGUCAAGGUGGUUCUGCUGAGCACAUGAGGCCUGCUGUAUCUCUGAAUGACUUGCCAAGGUUCACACCUCCCACCCAGGCAGGUGUGGGGAACUCAGGAUUAUACAAAGCUGCUUCGUGGGCUCACCCUCACCCAUUUCUGAAGAACAGUUCUGUAAACAUCUGUAAAUUGGUGAAGGACCAAGUGAUACAAGAUAUGCAGGAAUGCUGUGCCAAAGAGUUGCUUGAAGAUGUGGCCACAGAUCCAAUAUAUGUGAAUAUACAAGAACUUCAGUUGGAGCACAGUACUACCACUGCCAACGAUUCCCAAUCCCCAUUCCAGCUGUGCUUCAGCAACCCUUUGAACGACUGGGAAAUUCACACCGACACCGAAAGCGGUCAUUUCUUCUAUUACAAUUCUGUGACUGGUCAGACAACUUGGGAGUCCCCCUUUGGGGCUUCCUUGAAUAGUGUGAGUCUUUCCCACUCUCACUGUCCCAGCCCUGUCUCAUCUGCUGAGUGGAACCAAUAUGUAGAUGAGGCCAGUGGGCAAAUAUUUUUCUAUAACGCAGCCACAGGUGAAACUUCGUGGGAGGCACCCCAAGAAAUUUUCAAUCCUCCAGAGAUGCGGCAUGCAUUUACUAGGAAAUCUCCAGAUCGGAGACCACCAACUCCAGAAACUGAUUACCCAAAACUAUCUCCUCGUGAACUUUCUCCAAAGGAAGGUUAUUCUCCAGAUGGCUCCUACAAACACUUUGACUAUGCUGGUAUUCCUUCAGCAGACCAGGGUUGUGCUUCCCCUGGCAUCCUGGAAACAUCACUGUUUGAUGUCCCAGGCAUGCUGAAAUCUCUUGAGAAAGCUGGGAUGAUGUAUCGGACAAGAACGGCUGAUAAAGGGAAACGCAUGAGGAAGAACUGGGCCUGUGUAUGGACAGUCUUGGAAGGUGGUGCCUUAAUAUUUUUCAAGGACUCCAAGCAUUCAGCUUCCAGCGGUGCAAAGUAUCCCUCUGUGCUAAGUAGCCCAGAGUUUACAGUGGAUCUUCGUGGAGCAUCUCUUUCCUGGGCCCACAAAGACAGGUCAAGUAGGAAGAAUGUCUUGGAGCUGAAGACACAGGAUGGCUCAGAGUAUUUGAUCCAACAUGAUUUGGACUCCAUUGCCAACAUGUGGUACACUGCAAUUAAUAAUAGAAUUGGCAGACUGUCUAUAGAUUUCCCUUUGGAAGAGGAUGCUUAUACUUUAGCAACUGUAAAAUCCAAGGAACAAACAGGAGGGAACAAAGAGAAAGAAAGUGAGAAAAAGCAUCCAGCUUUCUGGCAUUCUCAUAGUACUGACAGUGAUUCCAACAAAAUCCGCAAUGUGCUCAGGAAAUUUCUGCCGAAGCGUCCAUCUCUACAGUACCUGAGAGACCGAGGCUACAUUAAAGAUCAGGUAUUUGGAUGUGAUCUUCAAGUUCUCUGUGAUCGUGAAAAGAGUACAGUGCCUAACUUCGUCAGGCAGUGCAUCGCCACUGUGGAGAAAAGAGGCUUGGAUAUUGAUGGACUUUAUCGGAUAAGCGGUAACCUGGCUACAAUACAAAAUUUGCGCUACAAGGUUGACCAUGAUGAGCAUCUGGAUCUUGAUGGUGGCCGCUGGGAUGAUGUUCAUGUUAUCACUGGGGCACUCAAACUCUUCUUCCGCGAACUGCCUGAACCGCUCUUCCCCUUCAGCUAUUUCGACAGAUUAAUUGCUGCUGCUAAAAUGAUAGACUCUGCAAAGCGAAGCCAUCACUUACGAGAGAUUGUGUAUUCUCUACCUGCUGCUAAUUUCAAUACCUUGAGGGUUCUCUUCCAGCAUCUUUCCAGGGUUGUAGAGUUCCGGGAGAAGAACCGCAUGUCUCUGCAGAGUAUUGCAAUUGUUUUUGGGCCAACAUUAUUGAGGCCGCAGGAAGAAGAAGGAAAUAUAGCGAUGUACAUGUAUUUCCAGAAUCAGAUUAUGGAGCAGAUCCUUAGUCAGACCAGUUACAUAUUCCCAGAAAGCUAGACAUAGAACUGUAUAAUGGAGUAGCUUCAAUGUGAGAACAACUCCUGCUGCUAUAAGGAAAGAGGUGCCAUUGGCUAGAGCCACAGAUAGGGACAAUGAAGCUGGGAGAGAAACAUUUGGCAAGCGAGCAAAUCUUCUCUGCUGGAUUCAAAAAGUUUGUUUUUGUAGGUUGGAAACAUGGGUGAGUAAACCCUGUUGGACAAGUAAUGGGCUAAUUGCCUGGCAUGGCAUUCUGCAUCAGUGAUUUUCAACACUUUUGUUGACUACAUGAUUUGGGGGGGGGGGAAGUAUGGGGAAAGGGGAGGCUUUAUGAGUGAAUCUAAAGAUUUAUUUUUCAACCAAAGUAAUUAUUUUUCAAGCAAUACUGCUUGUUCUGAAGGAGUUGAGGGAAGUAGUUGCCAAUUAAUAUAUUUUGAAUCUUCAGGAGGCUUUUCUUUAAUGAAGUAUUGUUGAAAAUGUGAGAUAGGCUUGAAGAAAGUCAGACUUUCAUGUGGUUAACAUUGGUUACUCUGACCCCACUUUAUUGACUGCAAGACAUAAAAUGUCACAGUACUAAUACAUGAUCACAGUAUUAGCAUUGUAAUUCAGAAUACAUAUUUGUUAUAUUAAUUUCUGUAUAUCAGUUGCUUAUUCCAAUAUAUGUGUCAAUUAUCUGAGGUAAGAUAACUUGCACUUUCAGAUGAAUAAAGUGGAAUUCAACUUA